CUGUUAUGUUGCGUGGAUACAUAGUCACUUCCUUCCGUAGAGACAGGACAGAAUGAGUGGGAAUAUAAAAGUCUGCGACAUCGACCCGGUGGUCAAAGAAAAAGUAGAAAAAUUUCGUCUUCGUAAAGAGAAAACCAUAGCCGCCAUUGUCCUCAAGAUUGACCCUGACAAACACCUAGUAGUCAUAGAUGAGGAACAUGAGGAUAUAUCUAUUGAUGACUUAAGAGAGGAACUACCAGAUCACCAGCCUCGCUAUGUGGUACUUAGUUAUGUUUAUAAACAUGAUGAUGGAAGGGUUUCUUUUCCUUUUUGUUUCAUCUUCAUUUCUCCCCAAGGUUGUAACCCAAAAUUUCAUAUGAUGUAUUCUGGCACAAAGAACAGCCUUACUACAGAACUGAAGCAAACCAAGGAUUUUGAAUUAAGGUCUGUUGAAGAGUUGACUGAGGAAUGGCUGAAAGAGAAGCUCCAUUAAUCUGCUGUACUUACCAUUUGUUUCACAGUCAUUACAAACAAUAUUGUAACUUUUUGGGUAUAUUUUUUUUCAUUGACAAAUUGAAUUGAAUGCCUUUGGAGAAAAAUUUAUUAAAUAUCAUUCAUCAAAUUUGUCAGUCAUUUUGUACUUUCAGAGCCACCUUCCACAUAGCUAAAUUUGUAGAUCUUGAAUAAUUUGAAAUGUAAUGCAAAGUUAUCUGGUUUUAUCAACUGAGUUGAUGUUCUAAAUUAGCCACUGUUCAGAGAAUGUGAUUUUUUAACAAGAUAAGUGUGUAACUAAUAUCUUUGUAUAAUCUGUUCAUGUUGUCCUUCAGCAACGUAAUUAAAAGUAACAUAAAAUUGUUCUGAUGAGGCCUUAAACGGCUGUUUAAAAAGUAAAAUCUGAAAUUCAAUCUUUCACCGAUCAAUGGCAUCAUCAGGGAUGAUGUCACCUGACGAUGCCAUUGAUCAGCAAAAGCUUGGAUUUUAGAUUUUACUUUUUAAACAACAGUGUAAGGCCUCAUUAGAACAGUUUUAUAUUUUUGAUAAA